AUGGCCCACCUGUCACCACCACCGUCACCUCCGGUCGGCCAAACGCCGCCGGCCGUCAGCGCCUUGAACGCCCUGAACGCUUCCUCCGCCAGCCUCAUCCAGCGUGCGUCCGCCUUCAGUUCCGUGCUCGGCCAGAAGUGGAACCCGCGAGACCUGCCACUGCUGUACAAUCCGCUGUUCUACUCGGGGGCCGCCUUCCUGUGGCCCCAGUUUCUGCUACCUCAGCAACUGCCACUCAGCACGCCGGUGUCUCCCAGCCACCAGCAGCUUCACACGAGUGGCCGGGACUACACGCUGACACCGGAAAAGGAGGAGAUCAUCGACGAAGAUAUGCCCCUGAACCUGUCGAUGAAGCCGUCCUCUUCCUCGACGACACCGAACCCUCGGCACUCGAUCAACAUCUGGUCACCGGCGAGCAUGUGCGAGAAGGAGACGCUGGACUGCGGCGGGAUCGACACGCAGAGCAACAUCGACAUCGAGAAUGACGACGAUGACGGUGACGAUGACGACGAGGACGAGGAGUCGAUCGGAGCGACGAGUGGCGGGGAGCUGCACCUGGACGAGUCCUUCUCGCGCGAUCGCCAGCGGGAAACGGCCCGUAUCCUGACGGAGUACAACAGUCUCCUGCGGCAUCAGUCGGGCGGGGCGCCCGGUGCUGUGGCCGCUACCGCCGGCGGUCGCUCGUCCACCCCGGGACAGGAUUACUUUAACUACAGUAAGAUCGGCAAGGGCUACUACACGCAUCUGCAGCAACAGCAGAAGAACCUGGAGGUGUUGCGCCAGAACAAAACGGACGUGUUCGUCAUCAAUGGCCAUGGGAACCACCAUCACCACCAUGGGGGCCUCGGGAGCAACAACAACCUGGAGGGUGUGAAGAACCAGAACGCGAGUGGGGCAGGGCUGAGUGCGCGGGGCUUGAGUGCCGGGGGUGCGGUGUUGGCCGGAAGUAGUGAGAGUGAUAGCACUGUGAUGGCGGCCGUCGAUGGGCUGCUGGGCUACGGGGCUGGGCUGGAGGGUGGUGGUGGUGGUGGGGUGGCCGUGGCCCGACCGGACUCUUCGACCGCGCACUCCGACAGCCCUUACGGGAGCUCCAACGACUCGUCUUCCCAUCACGGUGGAGCCCAGGCCCACCAUCAUCAGCAGCAGCACCUCCAUCAACCGACGUUUGUCGGGGCCAGCGGCGAGGGCAAGAAGAGCGUCAAGCUGUACCAGUGCAAACAGUGCGGCAAAACGUUCAAGCGGUCCAGCACGCUAUCGACCCAUCUGCUGAUCCACAGCGACACCCGGCCGUACCCGUGCCAGUACUGCGGCAAGCGCUUCCACCAGAAGUCGGACAUGAAGAAGCACACGUACAUCCACACCGGUGAAAAGCCGCACAAAUGUGUCGUCUGUCUGAAGGCGUUUAGCCAGAGCUCGAACCUGAUCACGCACAUGCGCAAGCACUCGGGCUACAAGCCGUUCUCGUGCGGUCUCUGCGAUAAGGCGUUCCAGCGGAAGGUGGACCUGCGGCGUCAUCGCGAGGGUCAGCACAACGAGCCGCCCGCCAACGGUGGCGCUCCGAGCCCGAUCGAUAUGCUGUCGCUCGGUGGUGGCGGCUACGAACCGACGAAGCUCCACCACAGCCAGCCAGACGGCGCGCCGACACCACCGGUGAUGCUGAUGGCCUCGGAAGACGACGCAGCCGCAGCUUUUGCCGGAGCAGCACCAAGGAGCAGCAGCUCGGCCUCCUCUGGGUACCAUCACCCGCUCCACCACCACCAUCAGCACCACGCGGACAUCAAGAUGGAGGUGGUGAGCAGCAGUUGCUCCUGA